AUGUCUCAGACAACCGUGGUUCUCCCUAAGUACCACGGACGAGUCACCACGAGCCCCGGACAGGGAAGAGUAGCCCGCUUGUACAACCCCGUGAUUGACCUAGACCUAACUCUGUACAGCAUCACCCCCGACUUCCGGUUUCGGUUGAAUACACGUACCACGGACGAGUCACCACGAGCCCCGGACAGGGAAGAGUAG